CACUUGGAAGUUGAAUUUAGUUGUACCAUGAGUAUCCGACAUACAUACUAUACUUGGUACACUUUGGCCGACAUGAAUACAAGCUGGCUGAGUUACUGCUUUCCAGAGAAAGUAAAAAAUAAAGGACUACCAAAGUUGAGAAUUUAGAAUGUGAGUAACUUACGCAAGAAUUACAAGCAAUCCGCAGCCAGAUAUUUCUAUUUUGAAUUUUUUUUUUAUUGGGCUGCGCUAUACCACGGCAGACUGAACUGCGAUCACGAACUAAUUCAACAAGGUCCAAACUAUGAGCGUGUCCGCAACCGCUCUUGAAGCUGGUCACAAUGUCUCAGAUGAGGCUCGUUAUACCGAAAAGUACCCCGAUAAUACCAAUUUGUCUGCCUAUGAUACCACUGGUUUGCCAACGCUAGAGCAAGUUCUGUCUCGCAAAACUUUACCACCAGUAUGCCUAUACAACUUUUAUAUCAUUAUGCGGGACAGACUACAUAGUGAAGAGCUACUUGACUUUUACCUGGACGUUCAGCACCACGAAAUUUUAUGGCGUCGUUAUGUAAAAGGAAUGAAGAAGUCGGGACAUAUUGACGAAACUGAUCUGACCGAUGGUUUUCAUGGACCAAAAUUAGUCAGUAGACUCAGCUAUGCAAGUCUUCGACGAGAUGAGUUAGCUCGAUCACCUUCCCCGGCCAGAUCCAGAUCCCCUGAACUUGGACAAAAUACUAGCACUCAACAGCUCGUCUAUGAUGAAGAUGGUCGCUCGGCCGAUGAUGGCGUGCGUAGACCAAAUUACAACAGAUCAACGUCUCCUUCGCCUAUGGUGCCUAGAGGACCUCUUGUGGAAUCGGUACCAGUCGGGCAACAAGAUUCUGCGUUUGCUAGCAAUAUUCCAGGAGGUGGUGGCUCGAGCCCAACGCGAGAAGACGUUACUGCAUCUUGCGAGAAGAUCUACUACAAGUACAUUGUUCAAUCGGCUCAUAAAGAAAUCUUUAUUCUACCUGGCUCUGUAAGGUCUAUGAUUGCCAAGCGUAUUGAACAAGACGAACGCGAUGACCCUGCUGUUUUCGCUGAAGCCAAAGACAUAGUAUUCGAAUCUAUGCAGCGUCGUGGGUUUCCCAAAUUUCUCAGGUGCAAGGUAUGGGGCAAUACCACCAUGUGGCAACAAUUAGGUCGCCUAGUGUUUGGACUCUCUGCCCUAUUCCUUGGAUUCGCCAUAGAGCUUAGCUUGAUUUUGCUGGGACAUGAUCGCUGGGGAGAGCGCUUCUGGGGUUUGAUACCUAUCUUCUUCGGUAUGCUGAAUGUUAUGAUAGGACUUUCUGGCCUCGAUCCAAUAUGGGCACUGGUGUUCAACAUUAGUGAGACAACCACAUUUCAUUUCAAUCAAGUACGACAACCGCAAGUCAAGAAAAUCCUAAAAAGUCGAGCAAUGUGGCUUCUGACCCUUUCCAUUGUAUUGAGCGUUAUCAUUACCAUCAUUUUCGCAGCCAUCCCUGGUCACCGCCUAUAAUACAAUUGCAAUGCCAUCGAUUCCCAAAAAAACUACCCAUAGCAACAAAAAUGCAAAUUUAUCUUCUGUUGUAACUUCUUCUACUACUAUGUUUAACUAUCCUGCACUAUACCUCUGU